AUGGAAGAUCAGGUCUUUACCAACGUUUAUCAAAAUAUUAACACCACCAAUAUCUAUGAGAUUCCAGAAUCUGAGGAAGACAAAGGAGAUAAUCUUUAUGAUCAUGUCCAUGAAGAUCCAGCAUCUCCUUCUUCCAUCACUACUAUCCCAGAGAGCAUGGAUAGUAGUCAAGAGAACUCAGAAGAUAGCUGUAGUAAUUCUGUGGCCUCUCAGCAUGGGGCUGAUGGGGAAGAUGGUUCUUCAUCUCACCAUGGUGCUGACGAAGACCACCCAUACCAGGAGAUGGAUCUGAUGAGCCCAACUCUGGAAGAUAAACAUGUAGAGGGCAUGAUGUUUGAAAGAAACGUGCAUUUUCCUCCAGAUUUCCAGUUGCAUCGGAGCCAGAGCACUUCUUCCAACUCUUCAACUUCCCUCAAGUUCCCUCUUAACAAUAACUUUGGAGAAACUGACAACUUUCAGGAAGAUUAUGAGAUUUCCAUAUUUGUAAAGGCCGGUAUAGAUGGAGAAAGCAUCGGGAACUGUCCGUUCUCCCAGCGUCUCUUCAUGAUCCUGUGGCUCAAAGGAGUAGUGUUCAACGUUACCACUGUUGACCUGAAAAGAAAGCCAGCUGACCUACACAAUCUGGCUCCUGGGACCCAUCCACCUUUCUUGACUUUUAAUGGAGAAGUCAAGACAGAUGUUAACAAGAUUGAGGAAUUCUUGGAAGAGACUCUUGCACCUCCAAAGUACCCCAAGCUGGCUGCUAAGCACCGGGAAUCAAACACUGCUGGAAUUGAUAUCUUCUCCAAAUUUUCUGCAUACAUCAAAAAUACCAAGCAGCAGGAUAAUGCUGCCCUUGAAAGAGGCUUGGUGAAGGCUCUGAAGAAGCUGGAUGACUAUCUGAGAACCCCUCUGCCAGAGGAGAUUGAUGCAGACAGCACUGAAGAGGAGAAAGUGUCUAAACGCAAGUUUCUGGAUGGAGAUGACCUGACUCUUGCUGACUGCAACCUUCUGCCCAAACUCCAUGUUGUCAAGAUUGUUGCAAAGAAAUACCGCAACUUUGAGUUCCCGACAGAGAUGACGGGGCUGUGGCAGUAUCUGAAGAACGCGUAUGCCAGGGAUGAAUUCACCAACACCUGUGCAGCAGACAAAGAAAUCGAGCAAGCCUACGCAGAUGUGGCCAAGCGGCUCAGCAAGUCCUAACUGACCUCAGCGGUGGCUCAGUAUCCCCUUUUACAGACUCUUCUCCUUGUUGCCUUAAGAUAUACUUUAUCAUUACGCUAUCUGGUUGGCAUCCCUAUGACUUCACCUGUUCAAGUGUAUUGGUCAGGGACAAAUCUGCUUCUCCCUGGAGAAAAGAGAAGGCAGCCUUAGUAUAUAGGGUGGACACCCUUCGAAAUCUGAACCUAAGAUCUAGCUCUACUAGUAUUACAAUCAGUAUUGGAAAUAAGUCCACUCUACUAGUUUCUUGUUUCAUGUUGGGGGUAUAUCACCACCUGUAUUCUUUGGAGUUUUAAAAAUAGGAUGUUAGCUGGAAUUUCAAGUAAGAGAGUUAGGAACACAUAGAACUGGUUCUUCUGUAGGUUAUUUCAAGGACGCUUUUUCCCCCAGUGCUAUUGAGAACCUUGAGGCAGGAGCAAAAUAUGAAAGAGAGAGAGAGGGGGGAAAAAAAGGAGUUUGACCCUAAAGGAGAAAUGCUUUUAGCAGUUAUAUUUAAAAAACUCUCUGAAUGCAUAUUCCGUCUUAGCAGGCCCAAGAAUUUGUAGGCUAUUUAUUUUUAACUUGGUGUAAGAGGGGGAAGCCUGAGUGAAUAUGUCAGACUUGCAGACGCUACUUUGCAUAAAAUUUGCAUGAUGUUGUUGCAUCCGAAUGUUUAAAGUGAAAAAGAGUGAAUGACCAAUUGAGCAGGCAGCCCUUGGAAGAGCGGGGCUCGUGCCAAAAUGCCCAGUGGAUCUGCUAGUUGGUAGAGACACUCAGACACAGCAAUAACGGGGGCAGCAUAUUGACUCCAGCAAAGAGAGGGAGCUGGCACAGCUAACCAAACCACGUUGGAUAUUGUUGUCUUGACUGUAUGGUUGCCAGUUCCUUUAUAAUUGCUAUCUUGGGAAACUUGGAUAGGCAGGAGAAAGCUGUCACUGCACACGAAUUCCAGGCAGGGAAAGUGCUUUCUUCACGUUGGGCUCCAGAUGGGUCACUUUCAACCACUCAUCGUCUCACCCCAGGAGAAGUUUGCUCUGAGAGCCUCAAAGAGUGCAGCCUAAAACAGAGAGAGGCACAUUUCCAGCUGGAAAUUUGGCAAGUGCGCUAGCAGAAAUCCAUGCGUGACGCCUUAGUCCCACUCCUCCAGGGUUUACCGAUCCAGGUUACACGAUUCUGAAUUGUGUAACAUUGGAACAGGCUGCCCAGGGAAUUGGAGUCACCAUCACUGGAGGUGUUCAAAAAACGUGUAGACAUGGCACUGUAGGACAUGGUUUAGUGGGCAUGG